AUCUGCAGGCCUACUACAAUCACAAAGACAGCCUGCAGAGCCUGAAGAGCAAGGGCUUCAUCACCAGCAGCGGCAAAGUGGUCUGCUCUCUCAAGGAGUUCAAUGAGUACAGGCAGUAUUUGACCACGCUCAAGCUGGAAGCGGAGAAAAUCAAGAGGCAAGAAGAGGAAAAGCUUCAGCAACAGCUCGCCAAGUUAAAGAAACUUGACGCAAGACUGAUGGCGGGGAGCGACCGUUCUCGCCAGAGCUCCUCCAGUAAUGUGUACUUGGUCUCGAAAGGGAAAGCCAGCCUACUGCAGCCUCAAAAACCAGCUGGCCCACCUUCCCACAAAAGCAGAAGAAACUUUCCCCAAUCUGGCCAGUACAGAAGGCUGAAAGUGACUCCCUCCAGCGUUGAGGUGGGCAGGGAAGAUGCCAAGCUCCCUGAGAGUAUCCAUGCUGUUACUGAGUCCGAGAGAGAGUCACCCGUCCCCGCAGACGGUGUAUUCAAAGCUGCCUCGGAAGAACAGGCUGCUAGAGAAAGCCAGAGGAUUGAAGAGGUGGCUCGGGCAGUGGUGCGGCAAGUGUUUGAGAGGGUGCAGGCACUGGACCAGUCUGUCUGCGUCUUGAAGAGGUCUCCCCAUGGGAUCCAAGAAAGACCGUGUGCAAGUGCCGAAAGCGAGAUGCCUUCAGAGGCAUCUCCUCUUGACAAAGAGCAGCAAAUUGCACUGCUGUCUAAGAAGGUUGUGGCGAGCGUGAUGAAGGCCGUUGAGAAGUUCUGGGAAUCCGGCACGCCCAGUGCAUCUGAGCCAAGGCCAGAAGCCGGCCAGAAGGAGCAGCCCUUGGCCAGGAGAGCAUCCCACGUGGGGAAGCCAGAAGAAAAGAAACCAAGGGAAGCCCUUGAGGGAGCAUUCUCACAGGCUUCCCUUGACAAGGUCACCAAAGAAGCUGUUGGAAGUGUCUGCGACACUUUGGAAUCCUUCGUGGCUUCCCGGGUUGAGCAAGACUUCAACUGAAAGUAUUCUGAAAUCGUGGCGCUUCCCACUGUUGAUGCCUCCAACAGGCAGCCACAGCCAUCCCAGGGGCCUCUCUCACGGGAGGGCAUGAGGGAAGGGCAGGGACUACAAACAGCAUCAGAAGAGCAGAGCCCAGAAGCAAGGCCGGGAGAAACGUUGCCCAUGAUCCCACCAGUGCCAGACACUGAUGAGGUCUCACGCCUGAGUUGCAGGAGUGUGAGGGGGAGCAUCCAAAAGGCUGCCUCCGAAGUUCAGCGUCUGCACACAGAACUGCAGGCCUAUGCCAGAACCAUUGUCCUUAAUGUGAUUGAAGAAGUGAAGGACAAGAUGGAGAGGGAAAUGAAAGCAAAGGCCUUAGACGCCGUUUCAAGCAGCAAAACUGUGGCAAGCGGGAUGACGCGCUGCUUAUCGGAGCAGAGCUCUCAGUCUGUGACUGCACGGAAGCUGGAGAAGAACUUGGGAAGGCGUGUCAGCAAACAGUCUGUGCCAAGCAAUGGGAAGGAGAGCCGUCCCUCGGAGCACCU